GAUGUCCACGUUGCACGUCGGGAAGAUGAACAAAUGUAUCUUGCCGUAAGUUUUCGUCAACUUUCAGGAGAUUGUCAACAUCAUAAGGUAACUGCUCAUCUUCUUCAAGACGAUGGGAGCAUAGGAGGUGUGGCGCUCACCGCUGUUGGGUUAUCCAUUUUGGACAAUGGGAUUUCAAUAAGAGCACCGUUUUGUGGCGUAGAAGUUUGUCAAGUGGAGGGAAGAAUGGUUCUGGAUGCUGAUGCAAAAACGCAAGCCAAAGCUGACACCAAUUGGUUGUUCGCAUUCAUCAGAACUGCCGAUGUAAGUGAUGUUUUGCUUUAA